AGAUAGAAUCAGUCAAAGAGAAUACAAGCGUGAUGUCUGGCGAUGAAAGUCACACGGCUGAUACUAAGAAAAGGGAACGUAAAAAGAUGGAGUCUAUAGAAGUUGACGAUGAAAUGCAAGAGGUCGAUAUGAACGAACAUUCCGUAUGGGCAGAUGCUCAAAAAUCUGGUCCAGAAUACGUUCGACCAAAUAUAAGUGACAGCAUUGACGAGGAUGUGGAACCUGUUUUGGAAGAAGCCGAUGAAAAAGAUCAAGCAUUUCAAACAACUGUGAAAAAAGAGGAAGGAAGCGCAUCAGGAAACGAGAAAAUAGCUUGCGGGGAGACCGAAAACAAACAAGAUAAAUAA